AUGAAGUUUUGUGCCUGCAUUUCUGGCAAAGACUUUAUGGAGCUCUUUAUUCACAUCUGCAGCACAAAGCUGGAGAGAGUCUGUGUGCUCCACAUGCCCUCACAAGUGUGCUUCAGGCCUGAUGACUGCAGGGUCAUCUGUGAUGCUAGAGUGUGGUGUGCGGUGAGGCGGGAGACUUUCCACUGGUUUCACAUGAAAGAUGUUUCAGAGGAGUUUAAUGAGAUUUAUUUAGAGCUGCUAUCUGAGCAUUUGUUCAGAGCGGUGAGAAGCACAGGGAAUGCCUCUGCCCUGAAGCCCCAGUUGACCAAUAAGUGGCUCCCCCACCUCGCCGUGGCUGUGGAGCUGCCAUUGCCCACAGGUUGGACUCUUGUUGUGGUACACAGUGAUUGAUCGCCUGUGAGGUUGCUUCCCAGAAUGGUGUUGGAAGAUUUCCUGGAGCCCAGUGGGCAGGCCCAUGAUGUUAGUGUUUAUCUUCCUGCUUUGAAGACUCUGAAGAGCACUAUAGAAAGGCCAAACUUGGGUGAUCAAGUGCUGGUUGAAGCAAAUCUAAAUGGCAAAAUGAACUUGAGGGUACAAACUGAUGUGUCUAUUAAAAGUUAUUUUAACAAUUUUGGAAAUCCUUCCAAGUCUGCUCAGGAUAUGCCUCAAGAUAGAAACCCUGAGAAUAUGUUGCAAGUACUAGUGAAAAGUAGGAAGCUUCUGUAGUUUUUCGAGGGAAGCAAAAUAAAUCCUACAAUAGCCUUAUGCAAUAUUUUGAGCAAUACUCUUCUUCAUCUUGUUUUGGUUCAUGAAGAUGUCUCUUUUCAGUAUUUUAUUUUUACUCAGUGA